GUAUUAAAACUUUUCAAAUUUCCUAGGAAAAAAAAAAAAGAAGCAGCUUUUCUUUCCAAGAAUCUUCAACCCCUUUAAGAACUCCAGUUUCUCCAUAGUCCUCCAUUCUUCAUCUCUCACAGUGAUAGCAAAAUUGCAUCAAACCAAUGGGCAAGAAAUCAAACGACGACGUUCCGUCAUUGUUCAUUGGUUCAUCAGUGAUUCCAAUAAUCAAUAAACUUCAAGAUAUCUUCUCAUCACUCAGUAAUGACAUCGGCGAUCAUCGUCUUACCGGUCUCCGGUUACCACAAGUGGUGGUUGUUGGUAGUCAAAGUAGCGGAAAAUCGAGUGUGCUUGAAGCUUUAGUUGGACGUGAUUUCCUGCCACGUGGCAGUGAUAUUUGUACUCGUAGACCGCUACUACUUCAACUUGAGAAAUGCCCUAAAGGAAUUGGUGAUAAUAAUGAUGAUUGUCUUGAAUGGGGAGAGUUUGGUCAUUUUCCUGAGAAACGGUUCUAUGAUUUUUCAGCUAUUCGCCGUGAAAUUCUGGCUGAAACAGAAAAAGAAGUGGGAGUUAAGAAGGGGAUUUCGGAUAAACAAAUUCGGUUAAAAAUCUGUUCUCCCAAUGUUCUCAAUAUAACACUUGUUGAUCUACCUGGAAUUACUAAAGUUCCUGUGGGUGACCAACCCAGUGAUAUUGAAGCAAGGAUCAGAAAUAUGAUAAUGUCCUAUAUUAAACAAGAUACUUCAAUCAUAUUGGCUGUUUCUCCUGCAAAUGCAGAUUUGGCUAAUUCUGAUGCACUAAAAAUGGCUAAAGAGGUGGAUCCAACUGGAACACGUACAAUUGGCGUAAUAACUAAGCUAGAUAUAAUGGAUAAGGGUACCGAUGCGAGAAACUUUCUGCUUGGAAAAGUUAUUCCACUUCGUUUAGGUUAUAUUGGUGUAGUCAACCGCAGUCAAGAGGAUAUUAACAAGAAUCGUCCUAUCACAGAAGCACUUGCUUAUGAGGAUCAAUUCUUCCGUGAUCAUCAUGUACAUGUGUACCGUGGUUUAUCUGAUCGAUGUGGAAUCCCGCUGUUGGCAAAGAAGCUAAAUCAGAUUCUGGAGCAGCAUAUUCGAAAUGUUCUCCCCACUUUGAAGACCGAUUUAACUUCUCAUUUGGUUGCUGUUGAAAAAGAGUUACAUGCUUAUGGAGAGGCUUUGGACUCAAAAGGAGAAAAAGGAGCGAUGCUGUUGAAUAUUCUGACGAAGUACUCUGAAGCAUUUUCUGCAGAGGUGGAUGGUAAUACUCAAGCAAUGACAACUAAAGAAUUGUCAGGGGGAGCACGGAUUCACCACGUAUUCCAGUCAAUUUUUGGAAAGAGCUUGGAGGAUGUUGAUCCUUGUGAAGAUCUAAGUGAUGAGGACAUAAGAAUAGCUAUCCACAAUGCAACUGGUCCAAGAAAUGCGCUAUUUGUGCCAGAGGUCCCAUUUGAAGUUUUGGUUAGAAGACAAAUUGCUAGGCUGCUAGAUCCCAGCAUCCAGUGCUUGCGAUUUGUCUAUGAUGAGCUUAUAAAGAUUAGUCGUGCUUGUGAAGCAGUUGAACUGCGGCGCUUCUCAGAGUUAAGAAGGCGACUAGAGGAUGUUACAGCAAGGUUUCUACGAGAUGGUGUAAAGCCUGCUGAAAGAAUGAUAACAAAUCUUAUUGAAAUGGAGAUGGAUUAUAUAAAUUCCUCACAUCCCAAUUUUAUUGGUGGGACAAAAGCGGUUGAUACAGCGCAAUUAGAAUUGAAAGCUAUGCAGGCGGGUCGACCUCAAUCUGACAAUGAUAAAGCGGCACCAGCAGGUACCUCAUCCACAAGAACAUGGGGCGUUCCUGCCGUUGCUUCCCUAUUCGCAAGUCGAGGAUCAUCGGUAGGGAAUUCAUCUAAGAGGCAUGCUGCUGAAGUGGUGCAUGAUUUUGAUCAGGCACCCCCUGUUAUACAAUUGAAAAAUCCACCGUUGGUCUUGAGACCUGGAGAGACUGACACAGAGUAUCAAGUGGAGAUUAUAGUGACAAAACUACUCAUAACAUCUUACUAUGAUAUUGUGAGGAGAAAUAUUCAGGAUUUGGUUCCAAAAGCUAUCAUGCAUUAUCUGGUCAAUCAUGCGAAGAGAAACCUUCUUGGCACGUUCAUAGAGAAAUUGUACCGGGAGAACCUAUUUGAAGAUUUGUUGCGAGAGCAGGAUGAAGUUGUGACUCAAAGGAGGAUGACUGCAGAAAUGUGUCAUGCUCUGCGACAAGCUGUCGAGACACUCGAUGAGUUCGUAGCUGAUGUUUCUACCCCAAGUUCAAGCGACAGUAUGGAUUCAUUGCCAAAACUUUCUCACCGUUCCUCAAACUCGCACUCAAAAUCAAGCGGCUUGAACUCUAGGUAAUCAGAAUCUUAUACACAAUACUGCGUGAGUUAAUACAAUUUUGCCUCUACCAGCAUCGAUUGGUUCGUUGUUACAUUGAGGAUAACCUGGUGGAAUUAUUGAAGCAUGUAUUAGGUAUAUGAACUUGUAUAGUAAUAUCUGUUGUGAGUUAGUAGAUGAACUUGUAUCGUAAUAUUUUUUGUGAGUUACUUGUAAUUGGGCAAAUUACUGGCAUGGCAUAUUAUUACUCCAAUGGAAAAGUUCGGCAGUUUCAUUCCA